UACUUCGCCACUUUCCGUCGCCACUGUGUUUGAGCCGCCAUUUUGAGCCGCCAUUAUGUGGCUUUCUGUAAAAUUGGUGGUAUCGUGGUAAAUUACGUGGUACGGUUACGGAUGCGUUUUUCUCCGAUUGUGACGGUGGUGCGUGAAUCGUGACACGAUCAGCAUGAACUAGCACGUCGCGGGUCGUGUUUUACGUCCCGUCGGACCGCUUGGCGGACCUUGGAAGCUUGGAAAUUUUCGCGUGUUUUUUUAUUUGCCUUCCAUCCAUCAUCCCUUGGCAAAAGAGGGAGUUUUUCAUCGCGCACACAUAUACACAUACGUGCGCGCCCCCCCCCCCCCCCCUGUUCACCGUCGUCCGGGUCGCCCUCCGUCGCUCCGGCCUCUUCCCACCACCCCGGGCCGUCGUCAUCGUCGUCGCCUAGCCUAAGCCAGCACCCAUCACGCUGGCAAACGCGCCGUACGACGGUAACAUUUUGCCCGGGCUGGUAGCGCGAGUGUGAGUGAGAAGGCAACAGCAGUAUUGAAGCAGCACGGCGCACAUUCUGCUCGUUUCGAGCUGCAGGAGCCAGCGAGCGUGCGUGCGAGAGUGAGCAAGAACGAACGCAGUGAGUGAGUGAGUGAGAGCGAGAGCAGGCGCUAGCAGUGAAGUGUCAGUGGUGGCUCGGAGCACACUGGUGUGAGUGAGAAAGGGCGCUUGUGUGGUGUGGAGUGUUUUGUGAGUUCGCGCGCGCUUGCCUGUCGCAUUUAGUGAGCAACAUAAGAAAAGCAGCAUUAAUAGCAUUGGAGCCAUCAUAAUAAAAUCACGCGUUUUGUGUGGUGUGAUUUUGGGGAGCAAUAGCAAAAACCGUCUCCUGUACGAGGCGCACAGUGUACGGUGGUGGUGUGUGCGCUCACAAGCUUCCUCCCAACAAAAUCGCGCGCGCUGGCGCACUAACACACACGCACACCCAGCCGUCGUCGUCGAGUCCCCGCGUAGCAGCUUCCUUGUUUGUUCCCUUCGGUAGGGAUUGUUUCUUCCUGUGGGCUGUCAGUGUGGAGCGGGUAGGUGGUGAGCGGUGUGCGGUGUGUGUGUGUGUUUGCCAAAGGGAAGUGAGGGAAGGUAGCCAGGAACGGAGCGUGAGCGAGAAAGAGCGGGCACGAGCGCGCUUCUCAUGAGGAGUAGAAGAGGGAAGAGGAAUCAAAGCGAACCAGCAAAUUGAGCGCGCGGAUCGGUUCUAGGUUCACCGAGCGAGUGUGUGUGUUUUGGUACGUGCGUGUGUGUCUGACUGGCUUCAAGGGAAGACGCCGCUGCCGCCGCACGACUGGCAAAAGUAUCAAAAGCGGGCGAACAGAAGGAGCAAGCAAUCACCACCCCAAAGGGCGCCUCGAACGCGAGAACGAGACCCACUGCCAGCAGAAUCCUAGAACGAAGGGGCAACGGGGUACGGGGGAAUCGAGCGUGCAAGCGGCAGGCAGGCAGAGGAAUCAGCGAGCGAGAUGAGCAAAUCUCGUAGAAAAGUAGGAAAGUAAAGCAAGCAAAAAGGCACGAAAAAUAACAACUCAUCUCGACGAGUGAGCGGAGCAGAGCAAGACGAAGGGAUAGAGAAGCGGCUGGUGGCGAAACUAGAAGAAGCAGAAAGAACACGGAUGGUGUAGCAGCAAAAAAAAACCCCCCCGGUGGUGUGGCAUCAACCCCCCGAGCGAGCUGCUGCUGCACAACACAAAAACGGCAGCAAAACCACCAUCAAACACGACGGGCCGCAAACAGAACGACACGCUGUCAGCAAAAUGUCGAAGCUUUCGUUUCGGGCAAGGGCCCUCGAUCCGUCGAAACCGAUGCCGAUCUAUCUGGCGGAAGAGCUGCCGGAUCUGCCGGAAUAUUCCGCAAUCAAUCGAGCGGUUCCACAGAUGCCGAGCGGCAUGGAGAAGGAGGAGGAAUCGGAGCAUCAUUUGCAGCGAGCAAUAUGCACCGGACUCAUCAUUCCCACGCCCGAGGUGUACGACUCGACAGAUUCCGAGUUCUACGACAAAUACUACCCGCCCGACUACAAACUGCCCAAACAGCUGAUCCACAUGCAGCCACUCAACCUCGAGCAGGACAUACCGGAUUACGAUAUGGACAGUGCGGACGAGGUGUGGGUUACGUCGCACGAGAAGAAGCUCGAUCUGGAUCCGCUCAAGUUUGAGAUCAUGAUGGAUCGGUUGGAGAAAAGCUCCGGCCAGACGGUGGUCACGCUAAACGAAGCCAAAGCCCUAUUGAAGCAGGACGAUGAAGUGAGCAUAGCCGUGUACGAUUACUGGCUAAAUAAGCGGUUAAAAUUGCAACAUCCCUUGAUACUGUACGUGAAGACGGAAAAUCGAGGCAACAUGACACCGAACAAUCCGUACCUUGCGUUCAGGCGGCGCACCGAAAAGAUGCAAACGAGGAAAAACCGCAAGAACGACGAGUCGUCGUACGAAAAGAUGCUGAAGCUAAGGCGGGAUCUCUCGCGGGCAGUGACGCUGCUGGAUAUGAUCAAGCGGCGGGAAAAGCUAAAACGGGAGCAGUUGCACCUGAGCAUCGAAAUCUACGAGAAGCGCUACCAAGCGCAGGAUUUCCAUGGUCACCUCCUGUCCGAGUUUACGUCCAAUGCGACCCGCGUCACGAGACCGGCCUUUGCUCCCAUCUACACCAACCAGUAUGCACCGUUGGCUGGGCAGGGUGUGGGCCAGGGAGCGAACGCGGUGGGGAGUGCUGGCGCGUAUCUGAACAGUGGAGGCUCCUCGUCGCAGUACGAAGCGCACGGGACGGGCAGCAGUGGCACCAACAAGCGUGAUAAUGAGAGUCUCAGCAGUCGGAAGGAAAAGCGGCAGUACAAGAAGCGGAAGCUAAAAAUGCAGAAAGACCGUGGGUUGGCGAGUGGUACGGGUGGCGGUGGUGGUGGUGGUGGUGGUGGUGCUGGGGUGACUGGUGGCCGAGGAGAUGCUGCAGGUGGGUUGAAUAGUACGAGUGGGCUCGGAAGUUCCGGGCUCCAUCAUCAUCACCAGCAGCAACCGCAUCAGCAUUACCACGGAUCGAUGCUGGGAGGUGUUGGUGGCCGUGGUGUUGAUGGCACCGUGGUUGGCGGGCAUGGAACGGAUCAUCAUCAUCAUCAUCUGCACGGGUCCGGCGAUCAUGUAGUGUCGUCCGACGACGAGGAACUGUCGAAUCUGCAAGGAUCGUCAGCAGAAGAAGAGUACGCUUAUGCAUUCCGAAGAAGCAAACACAGCCAAUAUCACAGGCCUCGCGCGGAUGGUUACGGUAACUGGCCAUGGACGUCCCGGGAGGAAAACGGUUCGGCUGAUCCGCGAUAUCGCUUCAACCUUACUUCCUUACGAUAUCCGAGGCCCCGUUGUAUUGGUUUCGCACGAAGGCGUUUGGGUCGCGGUGGACGUGUCAUUAUCGAUCGGAUAGCCACCGAUUUCGACGAUCUGUGGUCACGGUUAGACUACACGAUCGUCGAAAGUGAAACGAUCGCAUCGCUAAACACGUCCGAGCCAACGAAAUCCCGCGACGACGCGAAGGAGGAGGAAAACAAUGAACCGAUCGUUAUACCGUGCCGUCGCCGGCAGAUCGAGCGCACGGCCAGCGUUAGCAGCAACUGCAGCAACACCAGCAGCGGUGCAGGUGUCGUUGUGUCGUUGAAACCUCCGCCCCGCUUACCCGCCAUCUUUAACCAUCAGAACCCGCCGUUAGUCAAUGGGUCGGACGGGCCGCCGGUAACGAACGGCGACGGCAUUACGCCGCGAACGAUCGUGUUCUCCCGUCGGAAGCUUGUUCUGAAGCAGGAACCGGCGGCAAUGAGCGAUUGCGAAUCUGACGGUGCGCCGGAGAUUCAGUUCCUCACUAGCAUUGGGCUGAUGAACAAGACGGAAAAGGAAUCGGCGGCGGCGGCGGCGGACGAGCUAAGCGGGUUUGCUAGCACAAAGCGCCGGCUACGGUUUGAUAGUGAAGAGCGGGAGGGAGAGAGUGGUGAAGUGACAAAGGACGGUAGUGGUGGUGGUGGUGGUGGUGGUGUGUGCGAUGAAAGGACAUUGAAAACGGAUGUUCGAAACUCAGAUUCAAUUGUGAUAAAAAGUGAAGACGGCACCGGCACCGGUACUGAGCUGGUGGUGAUGUCGACGGGUAGGAUAAAGCAAGAACCGGACGCCGGUGGGGCGGACGGUUACCAGAAGCCGAGUGUUCCCGUCGGGGAAGAUUUUGAGCAGCUGAUAGACAGUGUAAACAGCAACAAUCACGCUCGGACACGGUUUAGCGUGACAACAGCAGCGGCCACCACCGAAGCCAGCAGCAAUAGUAUUAGCUCCGCAACGAACGAUGUCAGUGCGGUGCCGAACUCGUCGCAACAAUCGCACGCGGUCAACCAGGCGGAAGGCGGUUCUCCGUCGCGAUUACACGACGCGACGCCCGAAGAUAUCAACGCGGUGUACAAGGAUCUGCUGAACGACAUUCAAUCGAAUUGGCUACACUUCCGACCGAAAACGCCCGAACCCAGUCAGGACGAUCUGUUAACGCUGGACGGCGAAGAGGACGAUAUGCUGGAGCAUUGUCUUGGUUUGACCGAUCGGCAUCGUAUUACGCUCGAGCUGCAGUCGCUCGAUGAACAGCUUCCCGGGACGAUCUUUUCCCCUGCGAAAGGGACGACUUUAUCUUCACUGUUCCGUACCGCACCGUACGAUUUGGACAGUUUGAUCGAGCCGCAUCCCUUGUCGCUCGCGGAAGGUGACUCGAGUAGUGGGGCGAAGGGAGCAGCGGCAAGCCCGACCGUUGAGGUUAAGCUUGAAACGUCCGGAUCGUCGGCCAGCGGUGAGAAUAACCUAAGCGUACCGUCCGAGCUGAAUCUAAGCUUGAACGAAUCGAGCGAAGAUAACGAGAAGAUGCUGGACAACAUUCUGCAAGAGUGUGCGAUCGACGAUCCGAAGCAGCUGCACCAGACGAGUAACUUCUGGAACGGCAUCCUGGACGAUGGCGUGCUGAACAAUCUCGAGACGGGUGCAGGCGGACAGACGGAAGACGAACCGAUGGUGGAGGAGAACGAGUCGGGUGAGGCGCGGACGGCGGACCUGUUCACGUCCAGUUCGGCCAAGAUCGGGUAUCACUCCGAGUUGGUCGGGUAUGGACGACCGGCGGGAGCUGCGGAUCGGCGCACAAGCAAGAGCAAACGUCGGAAAAUGCUUAAGCGUUGCAGUUAUCUCGUGGGCAGCAGCUACUUCUCGGUGAAGAGUUUACCGAAAGAGGAGAUCUUUCAACCACUGCUGGACGCGAACGGACAGCCGAUCAUUCUUAGCGAUGGUGUGGAUCUGGACUCUUCUUCGGUUGAUCCGAUGGCGGCUGGGGAGCAGAACGAGCUACGAGACGCCGAGGACACGUCGAUGCAAAGUGACUCGCUGCUGCAGUCGAGCGCGCUAGGGGGGGGAGUAGAGGCAAUGGAGAUUAAAAUGGAAGAAGACGCUUCAGCGUCGCUGGCGGCGGCAGCAGCAGAAGAAUCCGUCCCGGGUGAACCCUUGAUCAAGCUCGAACCACCGGAGGAGCAGGCGACUUCUGCUGCGAGCGAUGCCGGAAGUGGUGGUGGCUGUGAUGCGACACUGCUGGGAAAUACUCCCACCACGGUUCAAUUUCUACCUCACAACAGCACCACCAUGGCGGCACCGGCCGCAACCACCAUCAAGCUGGAACCGUUCAAUCACAUCAGCCAAAUCGCGGCCCGCAGCUCGACACCGGACGGCGCUCGGGUAGUACCGACCGGGUCAACGACGCUUAUCCCGGCCACGAUCGUCGUAUCGCAACCGCCCUCGUCGACGGGCAAUGGCUCGGCCAUGUUUCAGACCACCUCCGGGACAGUUCCGGCCGUCGUUUCCGUCUCGCUGCAGCAGGGCAGUUUGCAUCAGCUCGUACACACAUCGUCCGCACCGUCGAUGGGCGCCGGCACCACCAUGCUCGUGAUGCAAUCCAUUCCAUCGGUCCAAUCGUCCCCAUCGGCAUCGGUCGCCGGAACGCCGACCUCGUUCCUGCUGAGCAAUGCGGGCAGUAACACUGGCUCAAUCCUGGUGCAAACGUCCGCCUCGUCCUCGCUCGCGAACAACGUCGUCCAGUCGGCUUCGGCCUCCUCCGCCAACUCGCUACUGUCCGCAUCGGCCCCGAUCGUUGUUACGGUGCCACCGGCCAGCAGUAGCGGUCUGUCGGCGGCUGCUCAGCCAAUAAGCGGCACCAACACGGUCGUAUCGAUCGCGACCCCGAUCGUUGUAUCGUCAGCGUCCGCCGCAUCCCUCGCUCAGUCGAUCGUGCACGCACAGUCCCAGGCAGCGGCGUCGGCAGCUAGCAAUAGCGCGAGCUCCUCCAGCACUGGCGGCACCACGACCACCGCACUGAACAGCUACAUCGUUCAGCACAAUUCGACACCGAUCAUGCUUUCCCAUCAGCAGAUGCAACAGCUAGCGAACAGUGGCGGCGGCAAUAUCGUUACCGUCGGUGGACAGCAGGUCGUGACGACGAAGCAACAUCAUGGGGAAACGUUCGUGCUUACGCAGACACCGCUGAAGAAGCAAAUCAAUGGACCGUCCGAUGGGAACAAGAAUGCCACCGCCACGGCUACCGUCAACGCGCAAAACAUCAACAACCAAAAGUUCCACGCACUGUUAAGCCACAAGCUGGGCAGCAAACCGUCCGAUCUGAACAAAAAGCAGCUGGAAAUGAUACGCAAAGCAUUGGGUUCGUCGCAAAAGAUGUUUGUCAAAUCGACCAACCACGGGCAGCAGCUGCACGCCGGUACUGCGAGCGGUAGUGCCGGUCUGGCCGGGCACCAUCAGCAAACGUCGGCCCAGCAACAGCCGCAGUAUAACGUGAUUCACCAAAACUCGCUCAACACACCGAUCACGAUCGUGUCCGCCCAAAGCCCCGGCCAGCCGACGCAGAACAAGAUCAUACUAACGUCGUCGCCCCACCUGCUGCAGCAAGCGACGGCCGUUGGUGGAGCGACGGCUGGCCAGCUGAUCGCUGCCAGCCACGGAAAGAUUCAGCUAACCACCGUCCAGCAAGGACAGCAGCAGCAGCAAACGGGCCAGGUGACUACCGGACCUGCCGGGGGACAGAUUCUGACACUGGAUCCUACCGGGGGCCAGCAAGGCGGUGGUGGUGGAGUGAGCGGUGUGCAGCAGCAACUGAAGCUCGAAAAGAAUCGCAUCCUGUACAACAUCAAGAACAGCCGGGGACAGUUUCUUCAUCUCAAUCCCAAGAUGGUUAACAUCAUUCAGCCGGUGCAGCAGCAGAAGAUUGUAAACAGUCUCACCAUUCAGCAGCAGCAGCAAGCGCAGCAGCAGCAGCAACAGCAGCAGCAACAGCUGUUACACAAUCAGGCUGGCCAUGGUGGGACGACGACGAUUCUCAGCAAAGGACAGACGGUUCAGCGCAUCCCGACGGUGAGCAUUCGCACCCAGCAGCAGGCCCAACAGCAGCAGCAGCAGGCGCAACAGCAACAGGCGGCACAGCAGCAACAGCAGACAAACCUCGUCGAUAUGGUCGUGGUGAACAAUGCGAACAAUAUAAAGUUUAUUCAAGCGGCAGCAUCGGCCGCAGCUGCAGCCGCUGCUGCCGGUGGCGGCAACGUGGUGAACAACAGCACGGCAACGAGUCGCGUUAAUGCCGUCACAACCGCGUCGGUCGGAUCGCUGAAUGCUUCUUCCUCGGAAAGCGGAACUAGCAGCGGAAGUAGCAGCAGUGGUAGUAACUGUGUGCAGCAGGUGGCAACAACACUGUCCACAUCGGUAGCGAACAGUGUGAACAGCAGCAGCAGCGUCGUCGCGGGAGGAUCGGCAUCGUUGGCGAACAGCAGCGGGGGCAGCGCACCGGUAUCGGUCGCGACAGUCACGUCUACGACGGCGGGAACCGCUGGAACGGUGGUCGGCAGUGGUGGUGGUGGUGGUGGUGGUAGUAGUAAUGGUAGUGGUGGUGGUAGCGGUGCCGUCACCGGCAGUGCUGCCAGCACGAAUCCUUCAGCCAGUAUAAACAUUACCAAUAGGUGAGAAUCGAAGAUCCAGCUCAGUAGGUAACUGUUACUGUAUUUUAACUUAUUGCUAAUUAAUGUUAACGUGUAGGGCAGGAUUAGGGAACCUCCGCUUUCGUAACGCGAAGCACACGAGAAGUUUUAUUAAGCAAAGCUAAGGAAGGGUUUGUGGAUGAACCGUGAAAGACACUUAAUAAGAAGGGUAGAUAGAAAGGGGGGGUGGGGGAGAGUGAGGAGGAUCAAGCGAAUGCAACUGCCACAUAAGAAGUGUCCCAGAGAAGAAGAAGAAGAAGAAAACAACAACAAACAAAUCGGUCAACCGUUGGUUCAAGAAAUGGUCAAAAUGAAUCGUGUGCGGGGGAUGUACAAUCGUAUGACGAUCGUAUCAUUUCAUUUUGCUUUCAUUUAUUUAUCCAUUUUGGCAUUUUCGUUUCCGUAAACUAAAAAAUCCGCCUGCUUUGGUUGUUUGCAAUGAGAUUUGUAUUAUUUGACAACACACACACUGGUUCGGCCGCUUCGGUGUGUCCCGCACUUGCAAGUACAUUUGCGAAUGUUAUCUGUGAUUUUUGAUUCAAUUAUUGCAAUGAUACUGUUGCUUUAAGCUGUGGGCAGACUUUGGUUCAAAUUCUUUUAUUUAAUGAUUUGCAAACAGUACUGGAACGUGUGCACAUGGGAGGCGGGGUGUAAUUGGAAAGGUGGGGGGGAAUGGAGAGCCACCGAUGGUUGACCGAUGGUUGACCGAUGGUUGAAGAUCGGACAAAAGCUUUACAAUACAAAUCGCAGUGAGAAGGCCGGAGUACGACGAGUAGCAUGAGAGUGGAGGAAUACGGAGCGAAUGUAGAAGAAAGGGUAUGUACAUUGCAUGUGUGUGUUCUACUGCUCUAAAGCCACAUGCAACCACGCUUAGUUUCUAUUCUUUUAAUUUUCUAAAAGAAUAAUAUGCUAAUCAGUAGAGAAGGAGAGCAACAACAGCAAAAAAGCCGGGUAACAGCGGCAGCACACACGAGAUCAACCGGCACGCAACACGGGCAGUAUUUCUUGUGCACCAUUUCUUAUGAUUUACUCUACGGCUGGGAAAGCCGGGAGAGAACGUACACAUAGGCGCUUAAAACUCUCCCCCCUGUUCGAGCACACUAUUGUUGUUGCUGUCGUUGUUGGCGGGGUCAUCAAUCUGCUGAACCACUCAUUUGCAGCACAAGGUUCGACGAACAAGAAACUGUGUAUGUGCGCGCGUGUGUGCCGGUUGUGUCGUUGUGUUGCUGGCCAGCAGAGAGGUGGUCUGUAAAAAGAAAACAAACAACAAAGCAAGAACACUAAGUACUGUAAAUAAUUUGUAGCUUUAACAAAUAAACAAUUAGCUCCUAUAUACAUAUAAAUAUUGUAAGUAACAAGUUGUACCGUUUAAAAGCCGGCGCGGGAGUCGGGCUCGGGGAAGGAAAGCACACGGCAAGCGAAGAAAAGCGAGAGUGGUGUCAUUCUUUGUUGAAUGCAAUAAAAAAAUGAGCAAACAAAACAGCUACUACCACACCUUUACUACACUCAAAACGAAACAGAAUAAAAGAAAAAGGAAAAAAAGCAAGAAGCAAAGAAGCAAUUCCAAGCAGAAGAACGAGAAGAAGGUUCGGUGAGAGAAGGAGAGAAGAAAAGCAGAUGAAAAUACGGAAAAUAUAUGAAUGCAACAAAAGCAAAUAUGAAGCAAUGAAAAACUGGUUGGCAAGCAAAAAAGCAUGAAAAGUGAAAAUACAAUACAAACAGGAAGAGGAAGUUACACCACAACAGAACAAAAGCAAAAACCAACCAAAGCUCUAUAUUGAACAUCAUAUAAAAUUUAUCAAAUUUGCACGCGUGCACACACACACGCAAGCCCAGAAUAUUCUCCUCGUUCGUGUGUGUGUGUGUGUCUUCUGUGAGCAGUGAUUUCGAAUAAUCCAAUUAACAAAAGAGAAAAAACAGAACAAUUCAACAGGUCGUUAGUGUAUUAUCUGAAAAUUUUUAGUUGCCACACACACACACACUCACGCCAGGCGGUUGCCAUAGUGAUGACAGUUUUCUUUUCCACUUGUGUUAACAUGUGCUGACGUCAAUUUUGCUCCUUUUUUGCGUUUCCAUUUCCCUUCUUUUCCUUAAUCCACUUUACUUAAAUAGUUUGUUUUACUAACGCGAUUCGCUCCCUUCCGUUUGUAGUUUUGUAUGUGUGUGUGUGUGUUUUCGUUGUUGUAUGUGUACCUCGUAUCAUCCAGCCUCUGCCUGUCUGUCACUGUGUGUCUGUGUCCUUUUGGUUUGGGUUUUAAAUCUUCUCUAGUUACUGUGUCUGUGAUGUCGUGUUUCUUCUUUUCGGAUUUUGGGGAGUUGUGUAAAGUAAAAAACAAAAAAACACAAACGAAAAGCAGAUAAAAACUAGGUAGUAUUAGGGAGAAAUUUUACGAAUAUAUCGUGCGCUACUACUGAUAACAAAAUAAGAAGAAGAAAAGAACUCUCGUUAAUAGUAAUAGUAAUAAAUAUGGUAGUAAAUUUAUGACACAAAGAACGCUAGUAUCGAAUAUAGAUUACAUGACUGCGCCAUAACAGGAGUAAGUAGUAGCAACACAAACACACAGUGAAAAACACCUUCGAAAACGCUUACGAAACGAUUUAGGACUACGAAUUCUACCUACACACAUCACGGGUCACACCUCGGCAGCUAUAUACCUUGAUCCGGACGUGUGAAGCGAGCAGAGUAGUAUGCCGUUGGCCAAUACUUAAAUUCCACACACACACACACACACACCUGGAAACUUCUACUUCUACAUUCACAAGACAUUACCCCGUAAACAGUACGAUUGCUACCGACGAUCUACUACUAUUAUUAUCCUGAAUAAUGAUACUAUUACUAAUACUACUACGACUACUACUACAACUACCUACUACUUCGGCUAGUUCUCCCUUCACACACACACACUCCCUCUCUCGCUGUGAAAUGCAAGGGAAUGUUGUUUUGUAUCGAUAGUAACUACUUAAAUGGCAAACAGCAGGCAAAUUUAAAACGAAGCACUACUGAGCAGCCACAAAGAUGGUGGAAAACAAUUGUUUUAAAUUGUUUUUCUUUUUGCUGUAACAUCCUUACAGUGUUGUGCGUGUCUUUUUGGAAUUCUACUAAUGUAAGUGAACCUGGCAAAAACAAAACAAAAUUUCCAAACAAUACUUCUACUUACUCUUAUUAGUGAAAUGUGAGUGAAUAAUGCACAAACAACUCACGACGACGACGAUGACGACGAUGACGAGAACGUCCUUUAUGCCAAAUUGCUGCACAAUUUACAUGCAUGUACUCCCUCCACCAUUCCCGGAAGUCAUUGUUGCACCUCUCCCUUUCCUCCCCGAUCCUCUAAGUGGUUAAAACAAACAUGGUUGUCUAUCGGCUAUCGCUUUUGUCUCUGCGCGGAUGUGCUCGAAUUAGGGAUGUGCUUUGUUGGUUUCCUUUUCCCAAUAUUUCGAAGGACCUAAGUUCAAGGUUUAUUUUCCCCUUUUUGCUUAUUAAUUUCCGUAUGGUUAGUGCCGUACAACAAAAUAACGUUCGAACGACGCCAUUUUUGUUGUUAUCUAUUUUCUAUAAAAAUCCCGAAGUACAUGUACGUGUGUGGUACAUAAAAGUGUUAAGAAAGUAGUGAAAGUACGUUAUAAGACACAGAAAACCAUACACACAAGUCUGGUUGGAAAGGAGAAGAAGGAUAGUUGUGUAGUAAGAGUGUUCCGUUCGCAAUGCAGUAUAAGUGGGUAGCGUCGAAUCUACUGUUACUAGUGAAGAAGUGAAGCGCAAGGUGUGGAACGUGCUGGGUUAAACGAAACGUGAAGUAAAAAAAAACCACAAGAAAACAAACAGAAGAAAAAAAACGUUUGGCAAUUCGUAAUGCAAUAAGCAAACAUUGCAAUAAAAUGAAAGACGAACGAAACAGGAAACAGUUGACAAAGACAGUUGGAAACGGAAGGCGCAAGCACAACACUACAACAAUGGCAACCAGACAAAAAAAAACAAAAAGGAAAACGCAAGAGCGGAGUGAGAUCGAAACACGGGUUCCCUUCAACAAAACAGAACAUGAAAAAAGGAAAAAAUAACAAAAAAAAA